ACCCUAAAGUUUCAGGCCGCUGAAAAGGGAUCGAAAGAAAAACGAUGAUUUCGUUAAUAAAAACGAUGUCGAAGGUCCGUCGCGCGGGUCCAACGGUCUGGCAGGGCACUGCUCACGCGAGCAAUAAAUUCUUCAAGGGCUACAAGCCCAAGACGGAACAGGAGCCGGAGUCCUCGGAGGCCCAGCCAUCGGUUCCCGGGGAUACUAAUCCGGAAGGGAAAAGAGGAAAUACAGGAAAUCCAGGAAACAGUCGUUACCCAUUGCCUGGCCACAAGACAGCCGCUUCAGUGCCCAGCUUUUCCGACCAGCGGGCCAAGUGGAGCAAAUAUUCAGCCGAAAUGCAGCUCAAAGCAAAACUGGCAGCCCAAGGCGGGGUCAAACCAGACCAAGGAGUCGUUGGCGUGGGCGUGGGCGUGGGCGUGGGCGUGGGCGUUCGCCCAAGCAUGGGGCCGACUCCCGGACAAUCUAACUGGAAGCAACAGCAGCAGUCGAUGCAAAAUAAGGCAGAGCGCGAUAAUGAAACCAAAGGCUCCUCAGCCGAGGAUCAGCGCAAGUCCUGGAUGAAUCGCAUGCACGGCUCACAGAAGAUCCAGGCCCAGCUUCUUAAGGAACUGAGUGCCAAGCAGCAGGCGGGACGCGACCUUCAACUGAAAAAGAUGCAGCAGGUUAGCAAGGCUUCAGCUGCAGCUACAGCGGCCUCCGUAGGACCCAAUAAAUCUGCCGCAGAUCCCCAAGAGCCGGAGGAGCAGGCCAAGUCGCCCGAGCGUAUGGCCUACCUGGAGGCCGUCCGACGGUUGAACAUCUUUCAUUCCUUCGAGCCUGUGCUCGGUCGCAUGCGGUCGAAGAUGAGCAAAGCUCAGGUGGAUCCUUUCAUAGAACACACCCUGGAGCUCUUGCACAAGAUGGGUGUAUCCAAGGAACAAUUGGAGAGCAUUCCAGUCAUUCAGGUGGCAGGGUCGAAGGGUAAAGGAACCACGUGUGGCAUUGUGCAGAAUAUCUUGACGGCGCAUGGCAUCAAGACCGGCCUUCUUUGCUCCCCGCACCUCAUGUAUUCGUACGAGAGAAUCCGCAUCAAUGGAGAGCCUCUAAGCGAGGCUCAGUUCACCGAGCUAAUCCACAAAAUCUAUCCGGAGCUGGCUGACAUGGAUCCCACACCGGCCCACAGCCAAAUCUUGACGGCCAUGGCCUUCCGGGCGUUCCGCGACGCGAAUGUGGAUGUUGCCAUUGUGGAGGUGGGCCGUGGAGGCGCCAGCGAUUCCGCCAACAUCACCUUACAUGCGAAAACAAUCGGCAUCAGCACUCUGGGCUGGGAGCAGGGCUCCAACCUGAGCGAGUCCAUGCGGGACAUUGCUUGGGCCAAGGGAGCAAUCAUGAAGCCGGCGGCCACCAUCUUCACAAAUGUGAGCCAGCCGGAGUGCUGUGAGGUCCUGGCCCAGAAGGCCAAGCAGAUGGGCGCCAAGCUCUACCGUGUCCCGACAUUCAAUGCGCUGACCGAGGCAAAUCCCAGCCACAAGCGUUUUCUCACCAAGGCCAACCACUCCGUAAAGUUGAAUGCCUCAUUGGCCACCCAGCUGGCCUACGACUACCUCAGACGCCACAAGCCCGAGAUUGUGGUGGGACUGAAUCUGGACCUGGAUCCCAAGUGCACCCAACUGACCCAGGCAGCAAUGCGCGGCCUUGAGACCUUUGAGUCGGUGGGACACUUCGAUAUAGUCAAGCACGACAUGUACAACGUCUAUUUGGACACUGCCGACUCUGUGGAAUCGAUGAUGGUCUGCCGCGAGUGGUUCUACACUCUCACUCGCUCUCAUCGCGCCACAAAGAUCCUGCUGUACAACAAGACCAGCGAUUCCAAUGCCAAAGACCUGCUCACAAUCCUUCGCUUCAAUGUGAACUUCGACGAGGCACACUUUGUGCCCUGCCCCAACUUCUCAGAGGGCGAAAUUUUGCCAGACGAGGAGUGGCAUGUCAUGGAGGAGAUGCAGCGAGCCAAGCGCAAUGCCAGAACCUGGCGAGGCCUGUGCGAGCAGGACGGCAAAAAGGACACUUCGCAAACGUCCGCCUCCGUCAAUGCCUUCUUUGAACACGUUCAAGCCAAAUACGGGGACCAAAAAUUCGGCAUGAAAAGUGAAUUCGAUGUGUUGGUGACGGGAUCCCGACCCCUGGUGGCUGCCACCAUAACGAUGCUCAACAAAAUGCGGGGCUUUCCCGGUUAGCCAGCAGCGCAGUUCACCGAAAAAAUGUUUUCUAUAUUUUUGUUCUCCCUUAUAUUAAACACAUAGUACAUAUAUGUAUAACGAUAA